GUGCCUUCUGGGCCUAUGAAUCAACUAAAGGGAGAGCGAUUCUGGCCCCAAGUUGGCUAUGCUCUAGUUACUCAUUCGCCCGAAGGGAGGGUCGGGGCGGAAGUAAAGGUCACGUGGUGCUCCUCUCCUCAACACCUUCUGGAACCGCCGUCACCGCUACCUACUUACUGGUCUUCCGUCUUUCCUGCGACAGCAGACGCGGCAAUGUUUGCUGUGCGGUCCGCGGCGGCCUCCGGGCCUGUGUUCGCCGGCUGUCGGCCUUGGUUGAGGUCCGGCGGACAGCAGCUCCUUUCCCUGGCCGCCUUUCACGGCUCCGCGCAGCGUGCCAAGGCCAAAGUCGCUGUAAUUUUGUCUGGAUCUGGUGUCUAUGAUGGCACAGAAAUUCAUGAGGCCUCAGCGAUAUUGGUUCACUUGAGUCGUGAAGGUGCUGAAGUUAAGAUGUAUGCACCUGAUAUUUCUCAAAUGCAUGUUAUUGACCAUACCAAGGGGCAACCAACAGAGAAUGAAAAACGGAAUGUUUUGGUUGAAUCAGCAAGGAUUGCUCGAGGCAAGGUUACUGACUUGUCAAAACUUAAUUCAAAGGACUAUGAUGCUGUUAUCUUUCCUGGGGGAUUUGGAGUUGCCAAAAACCUGUCUACAUUUGCAGUCGAUGGAAAGGAUUGUAAAGUCAAUAAAGAUGUUGAACGAAUCUUAAGUCAGUUCCAUAAAGAAGGGAAACCAAUUGGCUUGUGCUGCAUUUCACCAAUUCUUGCAGCCAAAGUCAUUCAGGGUACAGAAGUGACAGUAGGACAUGAACAAGAAGAAGAAGGGAAAUGGCCUUAUUGUGGGACUGCAGAAGCCAUUAAAGCCUUAGGAGCAAAGCACUGUGUGAAAGAAGUAACUGAAGCUCAUGUGGACACCAAGAACAAAGUUGUCACAACUCCAGCUUUUAUGUGUGAAACAGCAUUGCACCAUAUUUUUGAUGGGAUUGGGCUGAUGGUCCGGAAUGUUUUGAAACUAACUAAAAAAUAAGAAUUCAGAUUCUCUGUAGCAACAAAUAGCUUGAGUACCUCAGUUUUGAGUAGAACAAUAUCAGCUAUAGAGUACUUUGACCUGGUUACCUUUAUUUUUUUUUCUUACUUCUGUGCUGAUAAAGGUUUGACCAGAUAGGCCAAAAAGCUGCCUUUUUUUCCUCUUCUGCCUCUCCAUGAUGAAAAUUUGUGUUUCCUACCCAAGGAGAGGCCUUUUUAAGUUGCUAAUUUAGAGGUGAGACAUUUCAUCAUAGCAUUGUUUUGAUUCACUCGUUAAAGGAAGGAGGGAAUUCCCAAAAUUUAGAGUAGUAGUUGUAAUGUUGUGUUUUUUACAACAUAUCUCUUAAUUUAAAACCUAGACCAGUUUUUUUCUGGAUGCUAAUUGAAUAAACAUAAUAUUUUGUAAUCCUAUAUCAUUACUUUUUAUUAUUUGGAAAUGGAGGGAUAUAAUGUUUAGCUUCUCAUUUUCCAAAUCUGAAUGUAAAUGAAACCAAUAAAAUAAAAGAAGUAAAUACUUUGUAUUUGUUUGUGAAUUUGUACUGAUGUAUAUGACAUGUAGCAAAAAAUACCUCUAACCAAAGAGAAUGUGUUUAAUUCUUCAGUGAAAUUAUAUUUUAACAGUGUUGGGCCUUCUGAUACAGUAAUAAAUGUGAUACCAAGAAGUUGUUUUUUU